AUGACGGCUGCUCGACGACUUCCCACGAUCCAACGCCGAACCUUCCUCCCCGACCAGUAUACCGACAAGAAGGUCAUUGACCAGAAGUACCCCGACCCUCCCAGCUUGAGCGAGGCCGAGGACCCCGGAAUGAACGGCGGCUACAUCAACCCUCCCCGAAUCAAGCGACAGUUCCGUGACCCUCAUGCGGGCUGGUGGGAUCCCCAGGAGCGACGAAACUUUGGUGAACCCAUCCACGAGGAUAACGAUGUUCUUGGAAUCUUUUCUCCCUGGGAGUACACCUGGACUACCACUGGUCCUGGUGCUGUCAUGGUCGGAACUUUUAUCGCCGUUUUCCUGAGCGUUACCGGAGUUGUCUACCUCAACUAUCCCGAUCGACCUGCUUAUCCCCGAGAGUUUGAGGGUGGUCUGGAACGAGAGCUUGGUGGCCCUGGAGCUACAAGGGCUCGCAUGGAGGGUGAUGAGGAACCUUGA